AUGGCGUUACUUCAAACUUCAAAAAACCCACUCCCUUCCUUCAAUGCAUAUCACACACGCACACACAUAAAUAAAAACAAACUCCUCCAUAUCUCUCUACCUUCUUCCUUCAAACCCACUUCUAGAGAGAGAAAGCAUGAGUACUGGUGUGGUUAUGGUGACGAGGGGUGGUGGAUGUGGAGGCAAGAGCUCCAAGUCUGCUGCUCUCGCUGAGGACCACGGUAAGCAGGAGGAAGACCACCACCAGCUCUCCUUGCUGGAUUUCAUUUUAUCAGCUCUCAGAAAAUCCAUGGUGUCUACGUGCCGUGUGGACAGGCAAGACCAAGAGGUGAUCUCCGCCGUCCAUCACAUGGAAAUUGGCUGGCCCACCAAUGUUCAGCACAUAACCCAUGUCACUUUUGAUAGAUUCCACGGGUUUUUGGGUCUUCCUGUUGAGUUUGAGGUUGAGGUUCCAUGUAGAGCUCCAAGCGCAAGUGUCAGUGUAUUCGGCGUCUCAGCGGAUUCAAUGCAGUGCUCUUAUGACACAAGAGGCAAUAGUGUCCCAACUAUUCUGUUAUUAAUGCAGGAAAGGCUAUAUUCACAAGAUGGUCUAAAGUCUGAAGGAAUAUUUCGGAUAAAUCCGGAGAAUGGCCAGGAGGAACAUGUGAGGGACCAGCUGAACAGGGGCAUUGUGCCGGAAGACAUUGACGUCCACUGUUUGGCAGGUUUGAUCAAAGCCUGGUUCCGAGAGCUCCCGUCUGGAGUGCUUGACGGUCUUUCUCCAGAACAGGUAUUGCAAUGCAAUACAGAAGAGGAAUCUGUUGAGCUCAUUAAGCAGCUAAAACCAACUGAGAGUGCGCUCCUCAACUGGGCAGUUGAUCUCAUGGCUGAUGUCGUCGAGCAAGAAGAAUCCAACAAGAUGAAUGCCAGAAAUAUUGCGAUGGUUUUUGCCCCAAAUAUGACUAAGAUGUCGGACCCGUUAACAGCUCUUAUGCAUGCUGUUCAAGUAAUGAACUUGUUAAAGACACUGAUCAUGAAAACAUUACGAGACCGUGACGAGGCAGCUGAUGGAGGGUACUCACCCUUGUCAUCUCAUUCAUCAGAUAGACAAACGGACGAGGAAUAUGAUAGUCAGCAAGAGAUGGACACUAGCUGUGAAUCAACAGGAAUGGCCUCCGAUGAUGACGAGCAAGCUCAAUACAGUCCCUGCAGCAAAGACGGCAAAGAUGAGGUCGAGUCAUUGAGUGAGAUAGAAGAGUGCUUCUUAAGGCAACUGGAUGAGAAUGAGAGCGCGAAGAACGGAUUCCGGAAGCAACUCGAAGGAAUUCUGUGCAGAGAACAUGUGAGUCCAGGAAGUGGUUCUCCUUUAAAUGCAGAUUCCGGGCUUUCCUUGUCCGACAGUAGAAUAGGCAGUUCUUGCCUUACCACGAGUGACGGUGAGGACUCGAGAAUAACUUCUACUGCUUCAGGUCUGAAGAUGGACCCCGAAAAUUUACCAGGAACAACAGCAGUCACCAGCGACCUGGACAUGGUAGAAAACGUGAUAGAAUCGAUUUAACCGGAUUACAUUGUUAGUUAGCGUCGCGUCCUGUUGUGUAGGAGAUAGAUUUGUUGUGGAGUUGAGGAUGUCUCUGCACAGCCAUGCUUGCUUCUGUAAAUUAGUUUCUGUAGUUAGAUUUAGGCAUUGAUCAGACAUAAGAGUGGUUUGCUUUUGAUUGAUUGUAAGUCACUGUUCAGUUUAGGGCUGAAAUAGUGUUCAUUCCUCUCUCUUUGCUCCACCAGCAAAGGUUCUAACUAGUGCAGGAAACAAGAAAACCGACGAACCCAUUUUGUUCACUGUAA